UUUCCAACGUCAUGGCUUCUCCAGCUUCUUUAUGGUCUCGUGUAUGUUCCGUGGCUACUAGACAGUCACCAAGGACCGACAGUCUGGCAUUGGUACUUCAACAUUAGCGGAGAUAGCAGCCGCCCGAUUGGGGGAAAAGAGGGGGAUCUCCGUCUUGACGAUGACGGUCACCCGCCUUAAUUAAUAAGGGAGUGGAAGCCUAUCGAAGUUCGACCAGGAGACUAGAUUAAGAUGAUUGUGGACAGGCCCAGAGAAAUGCUUUAGCCUGGCCAAUGGACAGGGUCGCCGUGAACCUUGGGGUGGAUUACGCUUGACGGUCGCCCGCCCCAAACCCCGUUACAUCCGAAGUUGCUUUCUCAAGCCCCGGCGUUUUUCCUUUCCGUCUCCAGCAUAUUCCAUCAUUAUCGCUGCCCUUUCCCUGUGUGCUCGUCUGACUGAACCAACCAGCUCCUGCAUCGCACAAGCUGUCUCUCCAUAUAUCUGCCCAUGGCUUCCUCCCCGCUAAACCAUGGCCCGGUGAACCCUCCCUCGUCCUCCGAAUCGCUGCCUUCCACUGGCUCUCUGCCGUCGCCCUCAGCAUCAUCAUCGCCCUCACCACCAGCGCCGUCCUCCGCAGCCCCACCGCUAUCAGAUCCUCCUCCGGCGCGCCCUCCUCUUCCUCGCUCGGCCACCGUGGGAGCAUCGCUCCUCCGCGAGUAUGCCUUGCACAUAGAUCCUUCGCACACCACCAACGAUAUCCACGCGAGCGAUUCUGCUCCCGGGACUGCCGACCUGUGUUUGGAGACGGUCCAGAAACCUGACAUACCUCGGGAGGGCGCUGCUGUCGCACCGUCUCCUCCACCACCCUCGCUGCCACGCCGGCAGACGGCCUCCCUGACGGGCCACCAUCGAAACGCGUUAUCGAGCGAUUCAAUCCCUCGUCAAACCCUUCUAAAAGCCCUCGCGUCUCGACCAUCCAUGUGCAACCAAACCUCAAACAUGCCGCUGGCGGCCACCUUGGGGCUGCUGAAUACGAACCCUAGUCCUUCCGACGAAACCGAGCGUCGGUCGAGCAAUUCCUCAUCACAAAUGCUUUCUGCUGCUCUAUCCAAUAUCCAGCUAGGUACAUAUCUGGAUCGUGCCCCCGCGACGGCACGGCUAGUCAUGCAAUCUCCGUGCUUCUUCCAUCAACGGUUCGAUGAUGCGGUGAAUAUCCAGAAAGUCCUGGAAGAGAUUGCGGACGAUGAGUGGCUAUCGCACUCGCGUCUGGUACAAACAGCGACAGGCGUCCGAGAAGUAUCCAAACAAUUGCAGCGGAGACCAAUCAAGCGCGCAGUGAGGAAUGUGAUGAUCGUCACUAAGGCGCGGGAUAACAGUCUCGUGCACCUGACCCGGGAAUUGGCGGAGUGGCUCCUGUACACCCCCCGCUACGGAAAGGAUAUUGGGGUGAAUGUUUAUGUCGAUGCCAAACUGCGAAAUUCCAAACGAUUCGAUGCGCAGGGGCUCCUGCAGAAGGAUCCCCGAUUCGAAAAGAUGUUACGCUACUGGACUCCGGAUCUCUGCUGGACGGCACCGGAGAAAUUCGAUCUCGUCCUCACUCUAGGGGGGGAUGGAACGGUGCUUUUCACAUCGUGGCUAUUCCAACGCAUUGUCCCGCCCGUCCUCUGCUUCUCUCUCGGGAGUUUAGGGUUCCUAACAAAUUUUGAGUUUGAGAACUACAAGGACCACCUGAAUGCAGUGAUGGGGGAUGUAGGUAUGCGGGUCAACCUGCGGAUGCGGUUUACCUGUACGGUCUUUCGCAAAGAUCGCAGCAAGGGAGCUGAAGCGGGUGCCGUUGAGGAAGGGGAGCAGUUUGAGGUGCUGAAUGAGCUGGUGAUUGAUCGAGGGCCGUCGCCAUAUGUGUCCAACCUUGAACUGUAUGCGGAUAAUGAUCUGCUCACCGUGGUGCAGGCGGAUGGGUGCAUCUUCUCUACCCCCACAGGUUCCACAGCAUACUCACUUUCGGCGGGCGGGUCUUUGAUUCACCCCUCUAUUCCUGGCAUCCUUCUUACCCCUAUCUGUCCACAUACCCUCUCCUUCCGUCCAAUGGUUCUCUCGGAUUCUCUACUCCUUCGGAUCGCUGUUCCCGCAGGGUCCCGGUCGACAGCGUACUGCUCGUUCGACGGCAAGGGUCGCGUAGAACUGCGCCAGGGCGACUACGUCACCGUCGAAGCUAGCCAAUACCCCUUCCCGACGGUUGUGGCUGGCAGUGGGGAGUGGUUCGAGAGCGUUCAGCGAGCGCUCCGAUGGAACACACGCGGUGCCGUUCAGAAGAGUUGGCACAGCGCCUCCGAUGCGGGCCUGGACCCGGCAGAGGACGAGGAGGAUGGUGAGUGGGACAUUGAUACCGAUGCCGGGUUGACCGGGACCGACAGUGGACUGGGAGUCAGCGAGGACGGCGACACGGGGUCGAUCAGUCCUCUCAAGCGCCAAAUGAGCAUGUUCAGCACGUAGGCAGCCUGCUUACAUUCACCCGAUCUUUCCGGGAUUCUUCUCUUUUCUGAUCCAUCUUGCUAUUUUUCCUCCCACGUGCGACACUGGAUGGCGCACUGGCAUACCAUUCUCGUUCCACGGAACAGCGACACUUUUUCGGCUAUAGCGACACUUGAUAGACUUUGGGAUAUGGUCGGUUGUCAUGGGGAAUCUCUAGACACUAUAUACACUUGACAUUUCGGGAAGACUCGAAGGGGCCUGUGAGAGGCGUUAGACGGGUAUGGUACGGCUAUAGAAAUUGGAGACUGUCCAGGCCGAUGCAAUAUAGCAUUGCCGACAUGCAAACCAU